AUGGACUCGAGACAAAUUAUGAUGCCACCAGUAGAAGCAACAAAACCUGAGGCUCCAACUCCAUCAAACUAUCAAUUGGCUCUAAUGACUGAUAACCAGACCCAAACCAUGGGCCCACCACCACCGGGGUUUUCUCCGGCGACUGGCGGCAAUGGCAUGUCAUCUUCUUUGGCAAAGAAGAAGAGGGGUAGACCAAGGAAAUAUGGCCCAGAUGGGGUGGCUACCACCGCCAGUGGCGGUGGGAGUGUCCGGACAUUGUCACCACUGCCACUCUCCUCCGCCUCUUCGCCUACCUCCGGUGGCUAUUCUGAUGUGAAGUUUGGUGAACCGGUGGGAAGUGGUGGCGAGUUUCAGACUGAGAAGAAGCAGAAGAAAAAGAGGAUAAAUUCUUCAGAGAAAUUGAACAUGAGUUUAGGCGACCAAAUUACAUCUGGUGGAAGUUUUACCCCUCACAUGGUCACUGUUAAUCCCGGUGAGGAUGUUACAUCUAAAAUCAUCUCAUUGACAAAAUACGGGCCCCGUGCAAUAUGCGUUCUUUCUGCACUUGGCAUUAUUUCACACGUCACUUUGCGCCAAGCAAGUUCAUCCGGAGGCACCGUAACAUAUGAGGGACGAUUUGAAAUUCUUUCGUUGUCUGGAUCUUUCACACCUGGCGAGGUUGAAGGACUAUCAUCAAGAGAAGGCGGUAUGAGCAUCGCUUUAUCUAGCCCUGAUGGCCGUGUUGUUGGCGGUCUUCUUGGAGGAAUUCUCACUGCAGCUGGUCCUGUUCAGGUUGUUGUAGCCAGUUUUCUACCUGAGUUGGGAACUACCGUUGGGCCAAAACGGAAAAAACAAAAAAACAUCAUAAUGGAAGACCCUAUUAACAACAGCAUGGAGCAGAACCUCAAUGAAAAAAGCCAAGAGAGUCCCUUGGUAGGAAAUGACGAUUCUACCCUUACCCUAUCCCCUGCCCCUAAUAACUUCCAACAUCACGAGAACCGAGCCUCAAUGCCAACUGGGCAUGUGCAUGAAUGGAACAGGACCUCAAUGAACCUCAAUGAACAAAGGCAAAGGCAAGAAAGUCCCAUGGGAGAAAAUGACGAUUCUACCCCUACCCUUACACCUGACUUCCAUCAUGAGAAACGGACCUCAAUGCCAACUGUGCAUGACUGGAACAGGACCUCAAUGAACCUCAAUGAACAAAGGCAAAGGCAAGAAAUCCCCAUGGGUGAAAAUGACGAUUCUACCCCUACCCCUACAUCUAACUUCCAUCAUGAGAAACGGACCUCAAUGCCCACUGUGCAUGACUGGAACAGGACCUCAAUGAACCUCAAUGAACAAAGGCAAAGGGAAAGGGAUGAAAGUCAUGUGGGAGGAAAUGACGGUUCUACCCCUGCCCCUAACUUUCAGCAUGAGAGGGCGAGUGUGCAUGACUGGAGAAGGGCUGUCACGGACAUGAAUGUAUCUUUCAGGGAAGAUUGAACCCCACCUGCCUGGAUUUUAGGAUGAUGGGUCACAAGGGCUUUUUGGUAAUUUUGGGGUUAGAAAAAAAUGUUGUACUUUUGUAGCUUGUGUUGUGACCUUGCUUGCUAUUUGGGGUCUAAUGUUUUAUCAGGUUGAUGUAAACUACUUCAGGGAGAAAAAAGUCAGAUGUUAACUUA